AACACAAAAAAUCUAAGUUUGUUGUUUAGCUUUUUUGUUAAAAUUAAACCGGAACUCUUGUAAUCUUGUAAGUUUCUCAACGGAAACAAAAAAAUGUUUAACAUCAUGACCUAAUUUUUCACGGACUUGAAGAUAAGCUGAGAGCCUAUAAAUGCCGAAAUUUUCUAUAUUAAUGUUAGUUUAUUUUCCAACUUGAAGCUUUAAGUUCAAAAUAAUAUUUCAAUAUGAAACUUUACAUAUUUUUCGCGGUGCUUGCGGCCGUUUUAAAGAUUUCUUGUGCUUUGAAAGAUGGGAUCUGUGGUCAACUUCAUUCUAAGAAUGGCGAUGGUAACAUUUCCUGUGAGGCUUAUUUUCCAAGCUAUUCGUAUGAUUCUGCCAAAAACGAAUGUGUCUAUUUUAUUUACGGAGGCUGUGGAGGAAACGAAAACCGAUUUGGCUCUAAAGAUGCAUGUGAGCAAAAAUGUUUGGAAUAAAAUAAAAUAAUAUACAACU